AUGAAAUUCUCUUAUGGAACUGCAGGAUUCCGCACUGAAGCUUCCUUGCUUGAUGCUGCAAUUAUUGGGUCUACAGCUGCAGCAGCACUUCGUAGCUUGGAAUUAAGAGGAAAGACAGUGGGGGUUAUCAUUACGGCCUCUCACAAUCCUGUUAGCGAUAAUGGUGUCAAAGUUAUAGACGCUGACGGAGGAAUGCUAUCCAUGGAUUGGGAAGAAAAGUGUACAAAAUUAGCCAAUGUAACCUCUAAGAGUGAGUUGGAACUUUUAAUCAAAGAAUAUCUUGUUCCUUCUACGUUUCAACCAACUGUAGUGAUCGGCAUGGAUACUAGGCCUUCUUCUCCACGUCUAUCAGAGCUUUCCAAGGUCAUCCUUGAUGAGCUUUCUACUGCUUAUAAAGAUUAUGGGUUUGUCACUACUCCCCAACUCCACUGGAUUGUAAAAUUGAUCAAUCAGAAUUCAAGCUAUUCAAUUCCUUCCAAUCCUCCUCCUCUAGUUUUAUACUAUGAUUCAUUGUGCAAUGCGUAUGCAAAUAUAUUUUCCAGUUUCACAGUUCUUCACCGUCCGACGCUUACUGUCGACUGUGCGAAUGGCGUCGGUUCUUUACCGCUCAAAGAGUUGUCGAAGCGAUUAAAGGAUUAUAUCAACAUUCGUCUCAUUAACAAUGAUCCCUGCACAUCCAAGUAUCUAAACAAUGGUUGCGGUGCAGACCAUGUGAAAACAACUCAAUCACCACCUGUGAAUUUGGUGGAUAAAAUGGUUCCUAAUCAAUUAUACGCUUCUGUUGAUGGCGAUGCUGAUCGCAUCAUCUUCUACUUUACCGAAAAAGAAAAAAAAUUCCAUUUGCUAGAUGGAGACAGAAUAAGCAUUCUUCUGGUUUCUUUCCUAAAGAUUCUCGUACAAAAAUCCAGACUUCCCCUUAGCAUUGGAGUAAUCCAAACCGCAUAUGCGAAUGGUUCCUCCACUGCUUACCUUAAGAAUUUAGGGGUUCUGACUAUUUGUACGAAAACUGGUGUCAAGCAUCUCCAUCAUGAAGCCAAAAAUUUCGACAUUGGAGUCUAUUUUGAAGCCAACGGGCACGGCACUGUACUGUUUAGUCAAGGUUGUUUGCAUAAGCUAUGGAACCCUCCCACUGAGAAAUCAGAUACUGAAACAAGUGCAAUCGUCGCGCUAUUACAACUUUCUCAAUUAAUCAACCAAGCAAUUGGAGACGCACUUAGCGACCUGUUGGCUGUUCUCAGUGUUUUAGGGAGUCUAUUAUGUGAUGCCAAAGGCUGGUUAAGUAUGUACGAUGAUCUGCCGAAUAAGUUGGUAAAAGUGAAAGUUGCAGAUCGCUCCGUUUUUGUUACUACCGACGCGGAGCGCCGUUUAGUCAAGCCCGUUGGUUUACAAGAAAAGAUUGAUGAUCUUGUUUCUCAAUAUGAAAACGGCAGAUCUUUUGUCCGCGCAUCAGGUACAGAAGACGCCGUACGUGUAUACGCAGAAGCGAAAACCAAAAAAGCCGCAGAGGAGCUAAGUGCUAAAGUUUGCGGUUUGCUUCAAUAA